AUGAUGGAUGAUUUCUUCACUAAAUUUAAAGAUUUUUUCGAUAAAGUUAAAGACAUUACCAAUGUGAGAUUCACGUAUAUGAAAGAGCUGUAUAAUCUUGGCUUAGAAUAAUUUCCGAAUAACUAUGAAAUUCUGAACAUCCAAAAGAACAACCAAGCAAGUAUCCAGUAAGGUGCUAGCAAAUUCAAGAAGAACUGGACUGACGACGACAAAAAAGUGUUAAUUUGGUUGGUUGGAAAGUACUUGGCCCUUCACAAACGAGAUUUUAAACAGAUUAGUGAAUCUGAUUGGAUCAACAUAUCUUCCAUGAUGCAGCGGAGAGAGCCCUUUCACUGCAAAUAGAAGUGGCUGCAAAUGUUGAGACUACCUUUAUAGUAGGCUCCAUGGACCAGACAAGAAGAUGAUGCACUUCUAUUAAUUAUUCAAGAAUAUUAGAAAUUAAAUAAAGGCAACAAAUGGAGUCAGAUAGCCAUGGCUCUCAACAAACGAACGGAUUCAAGUGUCCAUCGAAAUGGGAAACAGUGCAGGGAAAGAUGGAACAAUCAUUUAAAUCCAACUAUUAAUAGAAAACCAUGGUAAUUAUCUGAAGAUUUGGAGCUUAUGAAAUUGGCCAUUUAAAAUGGAAAAAAAUGGGCAUAAAUUUCAAAAUAGCUAAAACUGUAAAGAAGCGAAAAUAAUGUAAAAAAUCGCUUUAAUUGUCUCAUGAGAAAAGAAAAAAACAAUAAAGUUUAAACGCAAUCCAAUUAAGAGAGCAAUAAUGAAGCAUAAGAUUCUUUUUUAUCUGAGCCUUCCGUUGAAGAAUUGAGUUUAGAAGAACAAAGAUGCAUUAAUGCAAUAAUCAAAAAAAUAGAAUGGAGAAUGAAACAAGACGGCGACGAUCCUUAUGAUGUCAAAUAAGAGGAUUUCGACUAACAGUCAAAGAAGAUUACUUCAACUCGUUAACCGAAACAUAUAAAGCAGUCACAACAAUUAGAAGAACCAUUAAAAAAUAAUGAUGAAAUCCUUAUUCAAAAUAAGGACAAUCACAGCUAAAGUGAUGAGAAUGUCGACAAUAACAAACCAUAAGAUAAUGCAAAUAAUAAAUAAUAGUAAAAUACCUUGCCACUAUAAAUUAUGGAUUUCACUUAAAUCUCAUCAGAAGAGUCUCUCUAACUUUAAACUUGCUUGGUUAAUAAGGAGAAAAAUAAAAUCUAUUUUGUCAACUCAGAACAAGUUAAUUAAUUCUUCAAAAAAAUGCAAUUAGCUAAUUUGAAUAAAGAUGCUGCAGUGAACUAAGGGUUGUAUGGACUAUUAAGCAAUACUAGUCUACCUAGUUACAAUAAUCUACUAAGCAACAUGCUGUUAAAUUAAAAUCUUGAAGAUCCCUUAUAAUAAUAAAAUUAAAUAUCCUUACCAGAGAAUCAACCUAGUAUAGGUUCUUACUUCCCAUUUUUCCCAUUCAAUAAUUAUUAAUCAUAGUAUUAAGGAGCCUCUUAAAGUGUCAAUCCAAGGUCAGUCUUGAAUUUUCCACCAAAUUUGAAUACUCAUAAUUAUUAGUAAGUUCCUAAUUAUCUUCCAGGAUACAAUUAUCACCUUGCUUGCUAUCCUUAAUAAUCAUUUAAUCAACACUUGUAAAAUAGUGAUAAAACAUAAGGAUGA